UAUCUACCAAGACGAUCUCACAGAUUUGCACCUUUUGACUUGCGCUCUCCCUGUCUCCUCCAAAGACUGACAAUGUCCAAACCAACGAUUGGAUUCAUCGGCCUGGGUGCUAUGGGCUUCGGCAUGGCGACUCAUCUCGUCUCCCUAGGCCACCCUGUAACUGGAUUCGACGUCUGGCCGCCCACGCUUGAGCGGUUCAAAGCGGCAGGAGGGGCGGUGGCCACCACCCCAGCUGACGCGGUGCGCGAAUGCGCGUUCUGCAUUUGCAUGGUCGCGAGUGCCCCACAGGCGCAGAGCGCGCUGUUCGACGGUGAUGCAGCAGCGAUCAAAGCCCUCCCUAAAGGAGCCGCCCUCCUCCUGGCUUCCACCGUCUCCUCAGCAUACGCGACCUCAGUCGCCUCCCAACUUGUCGACCUCAACCGCGCCGACGUGCAAUUCAUUGACUGUCCCGUCUCCGGCGGCACAGCACGCGCAGCUUCAGGCGAGCUGACUAUCAUGGCCGGUGGCACCUCCUCCGCCCUCGCACACGGGCACGAGCUCCUGCUCGAACUGACCGCGCCUGACAAGCUCUUCAUCGUCGAAGGCGGCGUUGGUGCAGGAAGCAAUAUGAAGAUGGUGCAUCAGGUGCUUGCGGGAGUACACGUUACAGCUGCAUGCGAGGCGCUUGGGUUUGCAGCUAGGCUCGGGCUGGACCCGGUCAAGGUGUAUGAGACUGUGGUGGGGAAAGGACAGGAGGUGGAUGGCUGGAGCUGGAUGUUCGAGAAUAGGAUGCAGAGGGCGCUCAAGGAGGAGUACAAACCCGCUGCGAGCGCACUUACUAUCCUGCUUAAGGAUCUGGGAAUCAUCACCUCCACCGGCCGGCUGACGCAGUUCCCCACCCCUCUCUCCUCCGUCACUGAACAGCUCUUUCUAUCCGGCGUCUCCCUCGGCUGGGGACCAGACGACGACAGCUCCAUGGUGCGGAUGUACUUCCCCAUACCGCUCUCCUCUGUCCAGUCCUCCAACUCGAGCCUCUCCGAGGUGCAGCGCACCCAGCUCGUGCUCGACCUCCUCAGCUCUAUCCACCUGUGCGGCGCUGCUGAAGCGCUGGCAUUCACGAGCCACCUCAAGCUGGAUAUGCAGCAGUAUUUCACCCUCUGUGCCGAUGCGGCCGGUGCGAGCUGGAGCUUCCGCACCCAUGGCCCGGAGAUGAUCGCCCUCCUUUCUGCUACUUCCGCGCCUGCUGCAAGCACGGCCGUGUCGAAGCUUACGCUGGAGAAGAGGAUCGAGCGGCUGGAAUGGGUGCUGGUGGAGGCAAAGAAUGUGGGAUGCCCCCUCUACAUGGGAGGGGAGGCGAUGAGCCAGCUGAGCUUGGCGAGGCGGCGCCUGGGAGGGGAGGUCGAUGAGGUCAAAGGCAUUAUCGAUGGGUUUUGGGGAACUAAGUAGGAGGGUGAUAUGUGAUUCUCCGGAAAAGAAAGCAAUAGAUACAUAUGCAAGACAUUGG